AUGACUACCUCACGACCGCAAUCACCAUAUGCACCCUUUCUGCCUGCGUCCGAUACGCACACUGGUUCUGCGCUGGAAUCUCCCGACCAUACCGACAAUAACGCGUCCUCGCCUGCUACCAGUCCCUACAACUCGUCUCCCCCACCUUCGGCCGCUUCUAAUUAUUUCCUGCACGAAGAUGAUACACUGAGUACGCAUGCCGAUGGCGAUGACGGCCUGGCCGCUCUUGAUCCAAGCUCGUAUGGUGUCUUCGAGCAAGACUUCUUGGAGUUCCUGAAUCCCGACAACGUCGGCCACGGUGCCACUGAGGGCACGCUUCAUAACGCCGACGGGGAUACGGAUCUGGAUGAACUGGGCCUGAACAUGUCAGAUUUCUCUCCAGCUCUUCGCCCUAUAAUCGACAAUAAAGUGCAAACUCGUACCGCACCUGCAUUCCAUUCCCUCAUAGUCGAUCCAGACGUCCGGCUGGUUUCCUCAGACAUGGACGCGCACCAAUUUGAUAUCGGGGAGGGGUACUUAUAUGACGCCCGUCGAGAAUCAAGCGCGGAAUCUGACGAGGAUGUUGCCGCGGAUGAUUCCACGCAUGCCCCUCGGAAGCGCCGACGACUGAGUAUAACCUCACACGGCUUGGAUGCCGGUGUGUUCGACGGCGUCCCUGACAUCUUUGGCUCUCUUGGAAGCGCCCCUCAAGAUGCCGAAGAAGACCUUGGUGGCGGUCUUGAUCCUGUCUCUCGCGCAGAAGACGAUCCCGUUAUUGCAUCUGCCGACUCCGAAAGCACCACUCCGCCAGUUCCUGCCGCUUCUUCAUCUACAACACCACCUCUGCCGACUGGACCUGCAAAGUCUGAAGAGGCAGAUGUGUCAGCCACCAAGAAGAGAGAACGAUCUAAUCCAACCUGCGAGACUUGCGGGAAAAAGUUCACGAGGAAGAGUGAUUUGGAACGGCACGAGCGCAUACAUACCGGCAACCGCCCAUUCCCCUGCCCGCAUGACGAUUGCGGCAAGAGUUUCAUCCAGCGUUCGGCUUUGCACGUUCAUCUGCGCACGCACACAGGCGAAAAACCUCAUCAAUGCGAAUAUCCCGGCUGUGAUAAGACGUUCAGCGAUUCGUCUGCCCUCGCGCGGCAUCGACGCACACAUACGGGUAAGAGACCGUACAAGUGCGAGGAUCCUCUUUGUGACAAGACCUUCACACGACGGACCACCUUGGUGUCACAUAUGCGGACGCAUGAUCCAAAUUGGGAGCCAGACCCCAAUAUCAAAUAUAACUUCGGAGCGAAGAAGCGCAAACAUGGCGAAGGCGAAGCUUCUUCGUCAGACGACCACGAACCCGAUUUCGAGGAAUCGGUGCGCACCAUCUCUGCGCUUUUGCACCAGUCAGAUCCACAACAGAGUGCGAUGCUGGAGCCCAAUCAGCCGCUGGAGACGCGUGUCGCGACUAUAAGCGCUCAGAUUGCUCGCGCAAUUGCAGACGCAGAGGCCGAGGGAGAUUGGGGAGACGAAGAAGUGGAUGAGCUCGACGACGACGAUGACGGUGGCGCGUCUUCUGCAGCUGUGGCGCCUCAGUCGCGCGAGCCCUACACGUUUCGUGCCACAACGGUGUACCCCGGACCUCCACCGGGACCGGAUUCUGCAGAACUUGGGGAUCCGUCUGACGACGAGAACCCCGCGGAGGACGACCUGGGCCUCGACUUCGGCGUGCUGUUAAGGGCCCGGAAGAAAACCGGCCCGACGUCCCGUUCGCCUCCUGCACCCGCACCCGAGUCGUCCCGCGGUCACGUUCGCGCUUCACACCCGUUACGCGACUCGCAGGACGGACGCCCCUCAUGCGGCGGUCGCCUCCUGCACGCACCGUGCUCGUGCUCUUACCUUAUGAGCCGUAUGGCUGACGAACGUCGGAUUGUCUAUCAGCUAUGA